CACGUAAACGUUUGACUUGAUAUCAGUGGAGAAGGGGAAUCUUCAAUGUUAUCUUCGUGUCGUGAAGUUUUUUUUUGUUUAGUUCUAGUAUUCCUUGUGUGAUCCAAUAGGAUUUACUCUCUUCUACGUGGGACAUCAAUCUUUUUGAUUCGGAAGAACACACUGUAGUGAAUAGAUUAUGUGAGGAAGAUUUAUCAAGUUUGCAGCUUUUUGCCAGAAGUUGCAUAUGUGGAUAAGGUUUCCUGGUUAUUCCUCUAUAACAAGAUUGUGUACCUUGAAUACUACAUUUAAACAAAUACGAGCAUUCUCUACAGUCAUGUCAAAGUUCAGUUUGCCAAAUCGAUAUAAAGGAAAUGAAAAAUCCAUUUGGGUGGAGUAUAUUCAACUAGCUUUGAAACAUAAGCCAUUGAAUCUUGGUCAAGGAUUUCCUGAUUUCCAUGCACCAGAACACGUAACAAAGGCUCUUGCAGCAGCUGCGACAAGUGAUAAUCCAUUAUUAAACCAGUAUACUAGAGGUUUUGGACAUCCCAGACUAGUAACUGCACUGGGAAAAUUAUACUCAAAGUUACUUGGACGUGAAUUGGAUCCUAAUAAUGAGAUUCUUGUUACUGCUGGAGCAUAUGAGGCAUUGUACUCAACGUUGCAAGGACAUACAAGCCCCGGUGAUGAAUGGAUUAUUAUCGAACCAUUCUUUGAUUGCUAUGUUCCCAUGGUUAGAACAGCUGGAGGAGUACCUAGAUUCAUUGCUCUAAAGCCAGUAAAGACAAGCGGAAUCGUAAGCUCAGCUGACUGGAUUUUUGACAAAAAGGAAAUGGAAAGUCUUUUUAAUGAGAAAACGAAAGGGAUUAUUAUAAACACUCCACACAAUCCUAUUGGUAAGGUUUUCACCCUCGAUGAAUUGCAAUUUAUUGCAGAUUUGGCUAAAAAAUGGAACACUCUGGUAAUUUCCGAUGAAGUUUAUGAAUGGAUAGUGUAUGAACCCUAUUAUCAUAUUAGAAUUGCAACUCUUCCUGAUAUGUAUGAAAGAACCAUUACAAUAGGAUCAGCAGGAAAGACUUUCAGCGUGACAGGAUGGAAAACAGGGUGGGCUUACGGGCCAGCAAACUUAUUAUACAAUUUGAAAGUUGUACAUCAAAAUGCUGUGUACACGUGCACCACACCAGUUCAGGAAGCCAUAGCAGUUGGAUUUGAGCACGAGCUGGCCAGAUUUGACCAGCCUGAUUGUUACUUCAAAAGUCUCACCAGAGAAUUGUUGCCCAAGAGGGACUAUAUGGCUAAAUUUCUUAAUGAAGUUGGUAUGUCACCUGUAGUUCCUGAAGGUGGAUACUUUAUGGUUGCAAAUUGGACAGCACUUAAGGAUAAAGUUAAACUCGACGAGGAACAUGAUCCGUUUAUGGAUUAUAAGUUUACGAAGUGGAUGACAAAAAAUGUUGGUGUUCAAGGCAUUCCUCCAUCCGCUUUUUACAGUGAUACACAUAAACACUUAGGAGAAGAAAAUGUGCGGUAUUGUUUUAUAAAGAUGGAUGAAAAUCUAAAAAAAGCUGCAGAUAUUUUACUUAAAUGGAAGUCACAACGAUAGCAUGAGGCCAACUUUAAUGUAGUAGUAUUUUAAUUUUAUACGUACUUCAUAGCAAUUUGAUAACAUCGUAUACUAUUUUUGGGUGACAUAAUACCAGUGGAUCUGGUAUGCUUUUAUAUCAAGAAUAUACUAUAACCGGUACAUUUUUUAUUUAAGCUGUGAUUCGCGCAUUAUAUCACUUCGUACUGUAUAUACUGUAUUUUUAUAACAAGCAGUAACAUUCUUAGUAAUUUGGUACUAAAAAUUAUGAAUCAAUUAAUUAUAUAGAAAAGUCUCCUCGAAGCCAUCUCUUUGCAUCUUUGGUAUCUGCGCCAAACGUUUUUCCAAAUCUAUUUAAUAACAAAAUAAUUUAAUGUAUAAUUUUAUUCAGAAAAAUAAAAUGAUAUUUUGACAAGUG